AAUAAGGAUAUUAAUAACACGACAAAAGUUAGUAACCACUCAAGUUCAUGAAUCCAACCAUUGCUCCGACCAGACCACUAUAUAAACCCCUUUCCCCCAUAGCUCUUCCCCUCAGCAAUACGGCAAUUACCACAGCUCCCAAAUCAAUUAUCUUCUUUUACAUUUUUUUUUUCUGUUUGUUUCUUUCUUUCUUUCUAAAAUGCCUUCUUGUUCAGUAACAGAAAUCUCGAAAUGCAUUGUGUAUCCGGAGAAGAGGUCCACCGUGGCCGACCUACGUCUCUCCGUCUCCGAUCUCCCUAUGCUCUCAUGCCACUACAUUCAAAAAGGCGUGCUCCUCACCAGCCCUCCUCCACCCUUCUCCUUCGACGACCUUGUCUCCUCUCUCCGCCGUUCGCUCUCCUCCACCCUAUCUCUGUUCCCCGGCUUGGCCGGCCGUUUCACCACCAGUCCCUCCGGUCAUAUCUACAUCACCUGUAACGACUCCGGAGUUGAAUUCGUCGCCGCUUCCGCCAAACACGUCGCCGUCUCCGACGUUCUCUCCCCCGGCAAAGACGUCCCUCUCCUCGUCCGCGAGUUUUUCGUGUUCGAGCGACUCGUCAGCUAUAACGGCCACCAUAAGCCUCUAUCCGCCGUUCAAGUGACGGAGCUAAAGGACGGUGUCUUCAUCGGAUGCACCGUUAAUCAUUCAGUUACAGAUGGAACUUCCUUCUGGCACUUCUUCAACACCUUCGCUGACGCCACUAGCGGCGCUUGCAAGAUCAAACACUUUCCCGAUUUCUCCCGGAACACCGUCUUCGACUCCCCCGCCGUCCUGCCGGUCCCUCCCGGUGGUCCACGUGUAACCUUCGACGCGGAUCAGCCUCUCCGGGAGAGAGUUUUCCAUUUCAGCAGAGAAGCGAUAUCGAAAUUAAAACAGAGGACUAACAGCAAAGUCAACGGUAUCGAGACGGGCGUUAACAACACAGAAGAGAUACUCGGGAAAGUAAACAACGACGGGAUAAAAACUAACGGUAACGGUAACGAGAAGAUAACGAACAAGAAGAGCUACGAUCGAACGGCUGAGAUUUCGUCGUUCCAAUCUCUCAGCGCUCAGCUAUGGCGAUCCGUGACGCGAGCGAGGAACCUCGAUCCGAGCAAGACGACGACGUUCAGGAUGGCGGUUAACUGCCGCCACCGCCUCGAGCCUAAGAUGGAUCCCUACUACUUCGGAAACGCGAUACAGAGCAUACCGACGAUGGCGUCGGCGGGAGACGUGCUGGCGAAAGAUCUCCGAUGGUCCGCCGAUCGGCUUCACAGGAACGUGGUGGCGCACGACGAUUCGACGGUCCGCCGCGGGAUAGCCGACUGGGAGAGCAAUCCGAGGCUGUUCCCUCUGGGGAAUCCGGACGGUGCUUCGAUCACGAUGGGGAGCUCGCCGAGGUUCCCGAUGUACGACAACGAUUUCGGAUGGGGAAAGCCGUUGGCGGUGAGGAGCGGAGGAGCGAACAAAUUCGACGGGAAGAUCUCGGCGUUUCCGGGAAGAGAAGGAAACGGAAGCGUGGAUCUGGAAGUGGUUUUGGCGCCGGAAACCAUGGCGGGGAUUGAGAACGAUCCCGAGUUUAUGCAAUACGUAUCUGAAGUCAGUUACGACUGCUGAUCGGGUAACGACGACGUUUCUGGCAACAUGAGAAAAAAAAAUAUCUAAAGCGGAUAGAGGAAGUCGAUGGCAUGGCACUUUGAACGGUUGAGAUUUAUUUUAUCUACAAAAUUUAGAUAUUUCAAUCAUAAGAGUUGUGGAACGACGGCGGUUGAAAAGUCAUUUGGGUCAUUCUGGUUUUUGUUUGUUUCCUUCUUCACUGGUCACGUUCUUAAUGUGUGCCAAUUAAUGUACAAAAUCCCGUCUUUUUCAAUUCGAUAAUGCAGUUUUUUCUAUAAUCAUAAAGCUAUAAUAAAGUUUUAGAAACUUA